CAGGUACGGAGUAAAAGGGAAAUAAAUGCCUGCCUUCCAGCCCGGAUGUCCGUCGUCUUCUGGAUGUUAUUGUUUUGUACGAGUCGCGCCAUUCCGUCGACAUCCUGGGGAAUAUCUCUGUCCGACUAAGGUACGUAUCGACUAUUGUGACUUAUUACUGACCCGGGAAGACGCGUAGCUCAGGCUUGUGGGGGUCUAGUGGGACUAUACAGGACAAAGUUAGCUGAAUAUCUGGGGUAACUCCACCAACACCGAGUCUCACCUGCAACCAGACAUCCGGGUUCUUGAUAUCCAUUCGAAUACAAACACAGUAUUCGUGGCAACAAUGCGCUUCGCAAAGUCGAUUCUCGCGGUGUCGGCGUGUCUGGCCCAAGUCAAAAUUGCACAGGCAGCAUUGGCUUUCACACAAUGGCCGUCUGUCAUUGAGACCGGUGUCCCUACCACCUUGAACUGGGACAGUGAUUCUGAUGCUCCUGCCACGAUCACGUUGCGCAAAGGCGCCGCAGAGGACCUUGAUACUGUUCAAGUCCUGACAUCAAAUGCCCAAGGAGGCGCUUACACAUGGACACCCGAUGACUCUUUGGCGGGAGGUGCCGACUAUGCCUUCCAGAUUCAACAGGAUGGCGAAGUAAACUACUCGGGCCUUGUCACCGUCGGCAACGCCUCGAACUCAACUGCCUCGGCGGCGACGACAACGGCUCCAACUACAACCACCCUGGCGACCCAGACCACCCCGACUCCCACUCCCACCGAUACUGCCCCCCGGGAUGAAGUGAACAGUGUUACUGCUGGUAACAAUGCGACGACCAAUCUCACUCUUAGCGCCAACCAUGAUAACUCCAAUGUGACCAACAGCAAGAGUGCUAUGGCCGCGGCAAUGCAGAAUGGCGGCGCGCCGUUCCAAAUCAUCUCGCUUGAUCUUGUCCUUGGCAUGGUGGCUAUGGGUUUCUAUCUGGCUUGUUGAAUCUGACGGGGCUUGGAUCCACAGCUGCAAAAACAAAAACAACCAUGAUAUUAUGCAUCAGCAUGAACGGUCUUUCUGGACCACGCUUAUGUCACGGGAUGCUGGUAAUGAUGUCUGAUCACAACGAACAAACUUCUCUUCGUAUUUAAUCUCAUGAUUGAGCCUUUCGACGUGGCUUUUCCUUUGUCUCACGACGCUCCUUUGGUGGUCCUGGUGUUUCCUUUGUAUAUAACAUGCGAUUUCAUAGGUCGUGGGGCUUUUCCCUGGGCCGAGCGGGCGAGACCCGGAGUCGGGAAUGAUCUCCUGGGGAGGAACGAGUGAUCCUGCUGGUUUGGCAGAUUUGAAUAUCAGCGAUAGCAAACAAUGAGUGAAUUACGUCAUGAUAGACGCCCAAUCUGCAGUCAAUUAAUGCCAGGCAUCGCGAAC